GAUGCGAAUGUAAUGACCAUGCCUACAACUACAGAUAUGGAUAACAUCGAUUGAACCAAGAGUAUGAAGCUACAGUCAUAUCGUCGUCUAUAAGUACUAGUCGAGAAUGCGGCCUCCGUCUGUUCGCAGCCCCGUGGUCAAUAUCGCCAAUGGCACCUUUUACCGCCACCACCCCAAUGCUAGCUCAACUCAUCCAAACCCAGCCCUCUUCAAGGGCUUGAGCUUCACACUACCUUCGGCCGCCGACCCCCCCACGCACUGGUAUGUCGUUGGUCCAUCAUUGAGUGGUAAAACAACGUUCUUGCAACUUCUCAGAGGCGCUCACCUCUGUGUCCCCCCAGCAGCACGGACUUAUCCCUAUCUAUCAUCAGAUGCAGUUUCUCACAGCCUCCGAGUGCCGAGCAGGGCAAUCAGAUACGUUGGGUUUAACAACGACCCGCUAACGUCUGGCAUCACUACGUCACCCUAUCUGUCUGCUCGCUACGAGUCUAAAAGGGAGAAUACCGACUUUUCACUCCGCGAUUUCUUGCUUGGCAAUACCAAUCUAAAUGUUCUAGAACGGAAGCCGGAAGACGAGCCUAACCCUGCGCUCCUAGAUCGCGUUGUAAGAGACCUGAAGCUUGCGCAGCUUCUAGAUCUGCCUGUGACUUUCUUGAGCAAUGGACAGGGACGCAGGGCGCGGAUAGCGCGAGCUUUGCUCAUGGCCCCCGAGGUCUUGCUCUUAGAUGAACCAUUUAUGGGUCUUGAUCCGCCGACGGUGUCUGGGUUAAGCCCGCUCCUCCAUGCUUUGGCUAGCAAUGCCAAUCCAAGACUGGUCCUCAGUGCGAGGCCACAAGAUCCCAUUCCGGAAUGGAUCACACAUCUGGUAUACUUAAGAGCUGAUUGUCAAGUCGGCGCCAUGGGCGACAAGGAGACUGUCCUAGAAGGUCUUCGGAAGUAUGUCCGUGGGGUAUGGAAUGGAGCCCUUGUUGAAGAUGAGAAGUUGGCUGUACACAGUGUCGUGCAAAUGGGAAGGACGCUCACUGCUGGGGGGAUCUGCGGGAAUCCAUUGAUGGGAGAUGAAGCUGCCAUCGAAGAUAAGAAACAGAUUACCAACUCAGCCGCCAAUACACCAAGGAAUAUUGGGGAACCACUAGUGGAAAUGGAGGGGUGUCAAGUGCAAUACCGAGGUCAAGUUGUAUUAGGUAACUGGACAGAGUACGUCAAUGGCAAAGAACACCAAGGUUUGACCUGGACCGUUCGAAGAGGAGAGCGAUGGGGUGUUUUUGGACCAAAUGGCUCUGGAAAAACAACCAUCGUAUCUCUUGUCUGUUCAGAUCACCCACAAACAUACUCCAUGCCUAUCAAGCUGUUUGGGCGGAGUCGACUACCGCAGCCUGGUUCCGGCCAGCCCCCUCUAACUUUCUGGGACAUUCAGGCACGGAUCGGACAUUCAAGCCCUGAAGUCCACUCACAUAUGCCGCGGAACCUCACCGUCCGUCAAGUCAUCGAAAAUGCAUGGGCAGACACAUUUCGCAGCAAGGCGAAAUUGGACCAAGAGGCAACGGACAAAGUCGAGGCUUGUCUGCGUUGGUUUGAACAAGAGCUAAACCCGAGUUAUAGCCAAACUGCCUCACAAGGAGUAGCGCGAAACCUUCAAUGGGCGGACCACUACAUGUUUGGCGAGCUUUCCUCCUCGACCCAACGUGUAGCUUUAUUCCUAAGGGCAAUCAUCAAGAAUCCAGAUAUUGUAGUACUCGAUGAAGCAUGUAGUGGGAUGGACGACGGGGUCCGCGACCGCUGUCUCUUGUUUCUCGAAGCCGGUCAGACGAAACAAUACGCCAAGCUCGGCGAUGGCUCGGAAAUCAUUGUUGAGAGCGAGGUUUCUAAAAAUGGCAACAUCAAGUUUAGCGGUUUAAACGACAGCCAGGCGUUGAUAUGCAUCAGCCAUGUACGAGAGGAGAUACCGAGUUGUGUUCGAGAGUGGAUUUCGCUCCCGGAGGCGAACUCGGGCGAGCCCGCUAGAUUCGGUGUUGCUGAUGCGCCAUUGGCCCACGACGAGAAGAGCUGGAGGCAAAUCUGGGGAAUGGAAGAGGUCUGAUAUCUUCCAAGUCAUCAUAUUUCGCCAACUAUAAUGAAUAGUAGAUGUACAGGAUAGAAAGGGGCCAAUGUAUAAUGUAUAA